AUGCCCGGCGCCGAGAACCCCAAAAAGAUGCAGCCCAAGAAAGAUCCCUCCUGGCCCUGGAUCCCGCCGCUCCAAGAGCCCCUUGGACCGAGGGACCGCGACGAUGAGCUAGAGGAGCUGAAGCUUAGCAUAAAGGCUCAACUCGAACAGAAUGGCGAGCAUUGGACGACGACUGUCAAGCGGAUGGGAGACUCGGUGGAGGCGCAUAAACGCUACCUGAGGAUGAUGAAGGGUGGAAAGUAG